CAAUCCAUUGACUAGGGGUACUACCGAACCAAGUAGCUUGACUCGGCCUUUAUCCAAUUCGUCGCAUUCUCUAAUAUCUACCUCGAAAUUCGCCCGACCUUGUUAUCAACGGGCAAGAUUAAUUGCUAGCCAAAAUGGACUACGCAGCCGAAGAUAGCCAAAAUUCUGCACCUGGCAGCGUCCAAGCGGCCAAGCUCGGUAGCACACGGAAAGGCCCAGAUGCACAGAGUGUGACGAAAAGAUUGCAGACAGAGCUUAUGCAGUUGAUGACCUCGCCUGCCCCUGGUGUUUCGGCCUUCCCGUCGGCGGAUGGAAACCUGAUGUCCUGGUCCGCAACGAUCGAGGGUCCUGACGAUACCCCGUAUGCUGGUCUUACCUUCAAGCUAUCGUUCUCUUUCCCGACCAAUUAUCCCUAUGCCCCACCAACGGUGUUGUUCAAGACGCCUAUCUACCACCCGAAUGUAGACUUCUCCGGCCGCAUUUGCCUAGACAUUCUAAAGGACAAGUGGACCGCUGCGUACAACGUUCAGACCGUCCUACUAAGUCUGCAAAGUCUGCUUGGAGAGCCGAACAACUCUUCCCCAUUAAACGGCGAGGCAGCGGAAUUAUGGGAUAAGGACGCGGAGGAAUUCAAGAGGAAAGUGCUAGGUCGUCACCGUGAUGUAGACGACGAUUAGAUGGUCUUUAUUAUACCCUUCGUUCCUCAAGCUUUCAUAUACCUGGGUGGUUGAGGGUCAACCAGUAUGGAGAAUGGCGUCAGCGCUUGCACGGUUCGUGUUCCGAGGCUUGGCUGUCUCGGCUUCGCGCAUGCAUUGCAUUUACAGGCGGUUCCAGGCUGGAGAUAGCACUUCCUUUUAACAUGACAUGCGGCAGUAUUCCACAAAUUGCUAACAAUUGAU